GGAGGCUUUUGGAGAAGAUGUGGAAGCAAAAGUGGCUGAGGAGGAAGAAGAACAGAGAAGGAGCUACAGGCAGAUUGAGGAAAGCAGGGAGAAGCUGGCCAAGCUGCUGUUUGAUGGCACGCAGUUGGUGACAAAUAUCCAGGUGGCUGCUGACCUGAGGGAAACACAGAGGAGGGCAGAGGAGGCAGAGCUGAAGUUGCGGAGGGUGGAGAAGCUGGAGAAUGAAGUCAAAUCUAGCGCAUACAAGUUUGAGGAGAUCACCUCCAAGUGGGCCUUGGCCAAGGAGAUGACGAUCCCUCGAAACCAACAGCAGCAGCAAUGCACGCUGCUUCUGGAGGAGAAGAACAAGCUCAUCGAUGAACUGCAGCAGGAGCUGAAAAACAAAGAUGAGCAAUACGUGCAGGCCAUUAAGAAGCAGUCGGAUGAUAUCUACCUGCUUUUGGAGAGAAUGGAAGAACAGAUCAGGAUCAUGCUGAAAACUUACCGUCACAAACUCCUACAGAUUGAGAAAGCUUUUGAACUUGAACGGCGAGAGCUGCUGGACAACAACAGGAAGAAGUGGGAAGAAGCCAUCCAAGUCCACGAUGCGCAGGAGCUGGAAUACCUGCACGCCCGCAUGAGGAAGGUGGAAGAGUUUGAGAAACAUCUGAAUCAGCUGCGGGUGCAGGAUGAGGAGGAGUGUAACAGCAUGGAGAUCCAGCUGGAGAAUGAUGUGCAGAACCUGGAGAGGCACCUCCAGCAGACGAAAGCCAUCUACCAGCUGAACCAGGAGAAGCUGGAGUACAACCUUCAGGUGCUUAAGGAGCAGGAUGAGGAGAACACGAUCAUCAGAUCCCAGCAGAAGAAGAAGCUCAACUGGCUCCACAGCUUGCUCAAAAACCUGAGAACAAAACUGGCCAACCAAGAGAAGCACUUCAGAGAGGAGAACCAGAGCCUGGCAGCCGACUGCGAGCACAUCACGGAGCAGUGCAAGGAGGUGCAGAGGAGGAUGAGGCGCUUUGCUGUCAGCAAUGCUGAGAAGUUCACGGAGGUCUGGCUUAUGAACGAGGAGGAAGCCAAAGGGCUGAUGCGGAAAGCCCUGGAUGCAGAUCGCAUCAUUCACACCCAGCAACUGGGGCUGCCCUGGGAAGAGCCUCAUUACUGGUUCCUGGACAACGUCGGCCCCCUCGGGCAUUACAAGGCAAAGAGGAUGGCGACCAAACUGGCUGCGGAGGUCCUGACAGAGGGCAGCUCUGGGGGGCAGGAGGAGGAAGGGAGAGAGAGGGAGAAGGGAGAAGUGGGCAGUGAAGGAAGAAAAGAAAACACAGCAAAGGUUGGGGAUAGAGUCCCACCUCUGCGAAGUAUCUCCAAGACGACUGCCAAGAGGAUCCUGGAGCUCCUGAGUGACGAGUCGGGUUUCUUCGUUGAGAGCAGGCUGCUGAAGCCCCUGUGCGCGGUGGGGAGGCACGAGCGCACCCUCAUGAAGCUUCACUCCGUCUUUGCG